AUGUAUUGCCUUAUGCAGCCACAAUGUUACCUGAAAACAAAACGCAACCAUGGAAACAUUUGGAGUGCGUUGUGGGCUCAGGAUCCUGGAUGGCGCGAGGACUUGUUCACAGACUGUGGCAAGUGGAUGGACGGAUGGGAGAUGACGCGGAUGGGGAUUCUUGGUCACGACUGGGCCGUCAUCAGCAUUCUGCUUCCAGGUGUCUUGCAAGGACUUGCUGUGGACACGGAAUUCUUCACAGGCAACUAUGCACCUCGCUUCUCAUUACAAGCCGCUCAUCUUACAUCACAGUUACAUACCGCUUAUAUACAAGAAAAGCGGCAAUAAUCCCUCAUCAGAACAGCACAGCAUCCCUAUGAUGUCACUGCAUGGAGGGUGCCAGGACACUCGCCACAAUUACCACAGCGUAGGUAAUGAUGAGCCACGGGCUCACAACCAUCUUAACAUCUAC